AUGAGCGGCCAGGCUUGUGAGCCGUGUUCGAGACGGAAAGUGCGAUGCGACAAACAACAGCCAUGUUCAAACUGCAAGCGGAGGAAGCAGGACCAAUGCACUUACCCCGAAGCACAACCCAUCGAUCGCAUCAAGAGACUAGAAUCACUUGUCAGAAGUCUCGGCGGAGAUCCGAAACAUGAAAAUGGUCGCCCUUCCAAACGGGUAAGGACAGAUUCCGCUCCUGCCCGACAACAAGAUGCUCGCGACACGCCCGAAGUCGAACGCGGACAACCUAUCAUGCUUGAACAAGAUGGACAACCAUACUAUGUUGAGUUGCGUGCCUGGCAUUCUCACAUCGAUCAAAACGGUGAUUAUCGCCAGAUCGGACACAACCAUGAUGUGCUGAUGAGCAGACCGCUUGUCUCAAGGACAAAGCCUGAUGCCAUGAAAGGUCUCAUGCGUACAGAUUAUACCUUGAGUCUCUCAUCGCAGCAUCCUUCUAUCCAAGAUGCCAACUUCCUUUGGGACAAGUUCGAGCGCAACGCGAAUCCUUUGAUGAAGAUAGAUUUUGACUGGGCUCUUGAGCAAGUGCGCUCUAAAUCGACGUCUUUCGAGGACCGCACACAGCUAAAUGAUGAGGAUCAUGCCUUCAUCUUCUGCCUCUACCUGAUGAGUAUUGUCACAUUGCCGGAGCAAGAGUGUAUAGAAGUCUUGCAUCAACCCAAAGAGGUGCUGCUCUCCCACUACCAGGCAAUAUGCGAGCAGGCAUUGUCGCGCAGCAACAUCUUUUGCAUUACGAAUAUCAUCGUCAUCAAGGCGAUUGUUCUAUACAUAGCUGCUUCGAUCGAGAGAUUGAGUAUACAAAGCUUGUUCUCACUGAUGGGCCUCACGAUUCGCAAUGCUGAGAAAUUGGGUAUACAUCGCGAUGGUGCCCUUCUUGGACUGAGUCCAGCCGAGACCGAGAAUCGUCGUCGCUUGUGGUGGUAUCUCCAACAUCUGGAUCUCGCUCUCGGUGUUCGCUGUGGAACUACGCCACUUACACUAAUGGCUGACUGGGAUGCUCGGAUCCCUCUCAACAUCGAGGACCGCGAUCUUAACCUGGACAUGACAGAGGCGCCACCUGAGCACAGAAGUUUGACAAGUCUAUCCUAUUGCCUAUGGACAUUCUGGAUUGUUUCACAACAACGAGAGUUCUUCAAAGACAACAAAGGAAAGCUUGGCAUUACAUGGGCAUCUAACAAGAAUAUAUCUCACGCCAGGAAGAAUAUUCUUCUGAACAUCAUUGAACAGGGGCUCAAUCAAAACUUCCUCCAGUAUUGCGAUCCAAUCAAGCCUCUCGACAUCAUCAUACAGCUUACCUCCAGAGCCUUAAUAUGCACUUUCCGCAUGUUCACCUUACACCCCAUGUCAUUUAGCGGCAGUACAGAUAUGACUGAAGAUGAACGACAUUCCCAACUUAUGGAGGCGGCGAUAAAGUCAUUAGAGUACAACAUCGCCUUGAACUCGCGUCCGGAAAUACAACGUUUUCAAUGGUAUAUCAAGGGUUAUUUCCAAUGGCAUGCAUUCAUCAGUGUGAUAGUGGAGGUCACUCAACUCAAAGCCUCGCCCAAAGCUCAGCGCAUCUGGGAUCUGCUCUCCGAUCUCUAUACCUACAACAAGAACCUCCAUGAGCUUUCAGAAGACAGAAGAAAGUUCCAUGCAGCCGAACUCAUCGUCAAAGCUUGGAAGGCUCGUCAGACGGCUGAUUCUUCAGCCCGCACCCCCUUGUGUGUCUCGAUAUUGGAGCCUCUUCUCUCAGCACAUCGUGCAGACGUGGAACAUGUCCAACUUCAGCCUGUCGGACAAUCGCUAGAGCCAGUAAUGACUGAUGAAGAUCUGAACGAAAUUCUUGGAUUAGAGUUUCAAGACAUAGAUUGGGGGUUCUGGGCGGGCAUGGAAUAG